AGCCAUAUAUAUAUUUUUCCUUGCACUAAGUGAAAUUCCGAUUUUUAGAACCUCUAAGGAUAACAAACAAAUCGGUUUGGUAAAAAAUCGGUGUCCAGACUGUUCGACUGAGGGGAGUGAAAUGACUUUUGGCCAAUUUGGUUCAAUUUUGUAUUUCGAGAAAUCGGGAUUCCACCAGGCAUGUAGUUUUCAAUCUGCCUAUUCCUACUCUCACUACCUCAGUUAAUUUUCCUUUUUUUUCCCAAUAAUCUAUUUCACUAAUUAUCUUUACCAUAUAAGUUCAUAUAUUUCGUUCAGUUCUCUUGGGCCCCCAGGGUAGAAAUAUUUUUUCCGUUGCACCGGGGAUCCCACGGGUGAUUUGCACACCAUUGCAGUGACUGAUGGAUGAUGGGAUAGUCACACGCCGCUCGCGGCCAUGUUGGUUUCCUUUUGCUUGACAAUGGAGUCGGUUAUUGAGCAAUUUCUAGUUUGUUUCUAAAAUUACCCACUAAAGCAAAAUGGGGGACAUGGAAAUUGUAAGACAGUUCAAUAGUGAACUGUCGACCAUCUAUGAAACUAAGCCUCCUAUUUCGAAAGCAAAAGUUGCUUCGGUUACCAGGCUUGCUGUUAAAGCCAUCAAGUAUUACAAACACGUGGUGCAAAGCAUCGAGAAGUUUGCGCAAAAAUGUCGGCAGGAGUACAAGAUUCCAGCUCUGUAUGUGAUGGAUUCUGUUAUCAGACAAUCGAGACAUCAGUUUGGUUCUGAGAAGGAUGUAUAUGGACCACGAUUUGCCAAAAACAUUAAACCAACAUUCCAGAACAUCUUCAGAUGUCCUGUCGAGGAACAGGGAAAGGUGAUCAAAGUCUUGAACUUGUGGCAAAAGAAUGGUAUUUAUCCACCUGAAGUUAUUCAACCUCUCCUGAGCUUGCCAUCAACAUUGGAAGAAGAGGGUGAAAUACCAUCUGCUGUGGAGAUGUUCAAGGAAUCCUCUGUAGAAAUGCCGGAAAGUCAAGCUGUCCUGAGCUCGAGUAAUCCACUCGCUACAGUGCUGGAGGAACAGCAGCAGGAGCAUUUAAAACAGAUUCAGCUUCUUCAGCAGAAGCUUCAAGAACAACAGCGGAUCAAUGAACAACAGCAACAGCAGUUAAUGCAACAGCAGCUUAUGCCUUCAGGAGUACCUCUGAUGCAGCCUGGGGGACCUGGUAUGCCACAGGGUUUGUCCAGUGUGCAGCCUACACUGCAAGAGCCCCAGCCAGGGUAUGAAGCUCCUCACCAGUCUCAGCUCACAGCUGAAGGAGCUCUGUCAUCGACAGCCGAACCUCAGGGAAGUGGUCUACCCCCACCAGUGAUGGAACAACAGCAACCUAAGUUUCAACUACAACCAGAAGUUUAUGCCCAGAUACAAGCACUUACAGGUAUGAAUAUCAGAAUGCCACAGGCAAACCAGACUGCUGUACCAGACUCAUCCUCAGUUUCAUCUCAGUCAAACAUUCCAGAGGAAAAUAGUUCAGAUCCCCCUCCAUCCAAUCAAAUGCCAGGACUUCCUAAUAGUGCAAAUUUUGGACCUCCACCCGGUAUGCCUGUGUGGGCUCCCCAUGGGAUGGGUCCUGCUGGCAUUCCUGCUCAACAGGGUCCCCUCCAAGAAGAGGAAAAGAGAUCGUCUCUCAUUGAUGAUUUUGACUAUGGCGAUGAUGAUGAUGAUGCCUCAAGGAUUGCUGAGCAAAGACGGCAUUUGUUGGAGGAAGAGAGAAGGCUGAGCCAAGAAGUCCACCCUCACAUGGGUGACAUGCAAGGUGAAUUUCAGAAUACGUUCCGACCGGUGGGUGAGCAAUCUGACCGACACCCAGAUCCUGCAGGAUCAUUUGGUAGAAGAUCGCCAGACCUGCAUCCCCGGGAUAGGUCACCUGGUGGCCAUUACCAUAAGUCCCGAUCACCAAGGAGACGGAGUAGAAGUCCCAGAUGGAGAGAUCGCUCACCCAGAAGAAGAUCACGUUCUCCUUAUGGGAGAGAACGAGACAGGGACAGGGAUAGAGAAAGAGACAGAGGUAGAAAUCGUGAAAGAGACAGGGAGUGGCACAAAGAUCGAGACCUUGACAGGGACCGUGAAAGGGAAAGAGGACGUGGGAGUGACCGAGAGGCUGAAAAAAGGAGUGACUGGAUACCAGUACCGAGAAAGGAGACUUUGAGUGUUUGUAGUACAACAAUCUGGGUUGGACAUUUGGGCAAAACAGUCAUGAAAGAAAACUUGCAAGAGAUGUUUGAAGCUCACAGACUGCCAGUUUCAUCCAUUGACAUGGUUCCACCUAGGGGAUGUGCCUAUGUUGUAAUGGGUCAUAGACAAGAUGCUUCAAGAGGUCUGGUCUCCUUGAAGAAUGCAAGAAUUCAUAGUAAUCUUGUCAAGGGCUUCACAGCCAUAGUCCACAACUUAACAGUGAACUUUGCAGCAUUGUUGAAAGCAGACAGAAGUUCUACAAUGCUUUACUUUGCUAGAAUUGGAGAAAGAAAAACCUUUAGAAGUUGCUGA